AUGUUUCCUGGAAACAAUUUUCUGUUCUUUUUUUCAGAGACAAACUGUUUCAAAAACGCGAGCGAAUACUAUUUCACUGUAAAAACAAACAGCUCCGGUUAUGGAAGAAAUAGAAGCUCUUUACUGGAAGUCAAUUCCGCGACUCAGCUUCCCCAACGAAACAUACAGAAAAUUGAAAAGAUGCAUUUUUUUUUCAAAUCAAUUUUCUCAAUACCUUUUUCAAAGAAAUUAAAAACAUACGAUCAAAAUUCCUGCAGAUUCGUGUUCGCAGCGAAUGCCAUAGUGGCCGUGUACUCUCUAUUCGAAAUGGUAGUCUCUGUUUGGGAAAUCUCCAGAGGCGCCACUCUCUUACCCGAAAUCCUACAGGUCUGGUUCGACUUCGGCCACGACCAGGUCUUCGCGUACCUGCUACUGUCGGCGAACUCGGCGGGAAUAGCGUUGGCAAAAGCACUGAGACGGACGGACACGUGUACGGACACGAGCGCGUUCUGCAUCCAGUCGGACAUCUCGAUCGCCCUGGGAUUCGCCGGGUUUCUGUUCCUAGGGUUUUCGUCCCUGCUCUCGGGAUUUCGCGUCGUCAGUUUCAUAAUCAACGGCUCUCGUUUUCAUCUUUGAACGGAGAGGAUCAGAUACGGCAGUAUUUGUGUGUAUCGGGAUGUUGCUUUUCUAAUCGUGUACCUUAUUACAGUACCAAUUGAUUGCUAUAAGAUGCGUUCUGUGAUUUUGAGGCCUGUAUGUAUAAUCGAGAGCUUUAUUUAUAUAUUAUAAAUAAAAACGAGAGAUGUUUUGACUA